AUGUCCCAGAACGUGAGCGGACGGUGGAUGAUCAGCUCCAGUAGCGAGAGGUCAGGCAGCGAGGACAAGGGCCGCAUGACGAGGCGGCUGCUGGCGGGCAAGAUAACAGAGAACCAGCAUCGCGUGCCUUGGGGCCACAUUGCAACACUUCUUGGCACGCUUUCAGCAGUUGAGUAUCAUCAACACGGGGAGCUUGAAGUCGGGGCAGGCACCUUUACGGCCAGCAAAGAUAAGAGGAUGAACGUGACAAGGCAGCCACCCUGUGGCUACAUCCUGAAUCCCAGCUCACCCGCGGCGGACCGGAAGGUCGCGGAGGAGCGAGAUCGCCGCGGCGGGGAGCCCGGGCGUGCCCCCGAAGGGCCCUGGAAAGGCAGCUGGGAGCUCACCCGGACGUGUGCAGGAGAGGAGGAGCUCUCGCCCCUGCCGAUCGGCUCUCUCGGGCAAGUGCCGGCCGGCUCGCAGGCCCGGCCCAUGGCGCGCGCCGCGCUCCAGCUCCCGCGCUCCGUGCUCCCCGCGCUCCUGCUGGGCUGUGUGAGCGCGCCAGCCGCCGACACUGGCUCACUUGGCCUCAACUUCACUAUCAGAGCUCAGUCUGGACCUGGCCAGCCCUGGUGUCAAGUGUGGGGCUCAGUGGAUGCAAUUCCUUUCUUCCAAUAUGAAGGAAAUAGCAGCAAACCCUUGGGCCCCUUGGGAAAGGCGAUAAGCACCACCAAAACAUGGGCAGAGCUGACCCAAGCGGUAGAAGAAGUGGGGAAGGAGUUCAGAAUGAUGCUGCCUAACGUCAAACUGGAGAAAAGUCAGACCAGUGGUCCUCCCUCCUUGAAAGCCCAGAUGCUUUGUGAGUGUGAAAAGGAGCGAAUCAUCAACGCCUCCUGGACGAUCACCAUCAAUACACAGGGCUCUUUCCACUUUAAUUCAAUGAACAAGAAGUGGACACUGAUUUCUCCUGAAGCCAAAGAUAUCAUGGAGAAGUGGAAGAAUAAAAGGGAAAUAGAAGAAUACCUCAGGAAGAUCUCUGUGGGAGACUGUACUCACUGGCUCCGGGAAAUCGCCCAGCACAGAGUGGAAGUGCCAGGAACAACAGAGUCUCCAGAUACUUUACAACCUCCAGCUACCACCCAGCAUCCAUCUGCCACCCAGCGUCAAUCACAUACCACCUGGCAUUACUAUCUUUGGAUUAUUGUCAUCCCUGUAGUCAUUGUGGGAAUGUUUUGUCUGUUCCGUUGGUGUAAAUCCAGGAUCAGGAGAGGUGUUCUACUGCACAAAGCAUUCUCUUCGUAUCCACUGAAAGUCCUCCAGAGGGAGACCUUCACUCAAGUCUCGAGAUAGCACGCAGCCAAAGACACACGGGAAACCAAACUUGCUGCAAAAGCAUGAGGC